AUGCUAAAUAAUGAACAACUCUAUACUAUAGGGGCCUCUAUAGGAAGCAGGAGACCCCACAACUCUUCUCAGGUGUCUCCGCCUGCUACACCUCUUUCAGUGCAGCAGCAAGAAAAAGAAUUGCUGCUGAUGCCUGCUUCAGCAUCAGCAGCAGCUCCUGCUGCUGCUGAUGCAGCAGCAGCAGCAGCAGCAGGAGCAGGCAGCAAACGGUUUAUACAGGAGGGAGUCCACAGCGCUCGUAUGCCCGACAUGCUGGCGACUCCGCGUGAGAGCAGCGCGUUAGAGAGUGCAAAGGCUUUGAUAGAGAGACAAAAAGAAAAGAUAGAAGAGCUGUCUCAGACAGUAUUUAUGCUGCAGCAAGGUAGAGGUGAACAAGAGCAGCGGCUGCAGCAAGACCUUGUGGGGUAUGUACAAGAAAACCAGAGGCUACGCCUACAGCUGGACGCUCUUAAGGGGGAUCUACAGGCUCUAGAAUACAGGAGAACUAAAGGAGACAAUGAAUUACAAACGCUUGUAGAGACACUUGCUGCAGCAGAGAAAGCUGUCGCUGAAAGAGACGCUCUCAUACGACGCCUGCAGAGCGCGGACAAGACAGCUGAAAAUGAACGCCUUAAAGAAGAACAGCAGCGGCUGCUGCACCGCCUUAGCAAACUGCAGAAGUUAGUUGGGGCCUCAGGAGAAGGAGAUGCAGAGGGGCGCUCUGCUCAAGAUCUAGCUGGGGACCUUGUGCGAGUGCAAAGAGACAUCGAAUUGCAUCGGGGCACCACCCGCCAACUCGGCAAUACAAUUGAAGAGCUCAGGGUUUCAAAGAUGUGCCUCGUUCAAUCAGAAGCGGAUCUGCUGGAGGGUCAGAAGCUGAUUGAAGAACAACGCGCUGAGAUCCAGCGUCUCUACAAAAUUGUGGAGGCAUUAAAUCGCGAGAAGGCGCUGGUGCCGCCUGUGGUGCUGACCUUACCGAAAUAUCUGCGAGGAGUUGGCGAGGCGCAGCUGGAGGCCUUAUCAAAUAAACUUAGUUUAAUACUGCAGGCUUUACAGAGAGAGAGACAGACAACAACUGAAGAUGAUGCAGAAGACCGAACGUCUUUCGCUUUGGUGCAGCAAAGAAUGUUUGAAGAGCAGCAGGCUUUGCUUAAAAG